AUGAACAAAUCGAGCGAGAAAAGUAUACACGAAAUGUUGAAAAACACUCCGUCCAUGAACGACAGCACUGACGUGGUGCACACGGGCUCUGAGCAGCAAACAAUCAAGCACUCGACCACGUUGACUCUACGAAACGUUAGCAAUCACAGCCUAACGUCACCGACGUCGGUCAGUCUGGAGGAUGAAUCGGCAUACAUCAAGAAUGGGUCGUCCAAGCUCGACACGUUCCGCAACUGGAGCAUUACCACGUACAAAUGCACCAAACAGAUCAUGUUGGAAAAGCUGGGCAAAUCGACACGCACAGUCGAUCUCGAGCUGGAAGCGCAGAUCGAUCAGCUGAAGGAAACGCAAAAGAAGUAUCUAAGCAUAUUACGCUUGUCGCGUGCAUUUACGUCCCACUUUUACAACUGCAUGCAAACGCAGAGCCUGCUAUCGGAAACGUUCGCCGAUCUGGCCCAGAAAAGCCCGGAAUUGCAGGAAGAGUUUUUGCGAAACGCCGAAACACAACGGAUUCUGACGAAGAACGGUGAGCUGCUGCUGAACGCGCUGAACUUUUUCAUAUCGUCCAUCAAUACGCUUUGCAAUAAGACGAUCGAAGAUACGCUACUAACGAUUCGACAGUAUGAACUGGCCCGCGUCGAGUACGAUGCGUACCGGGUGGAUAUGGAGCAACAGCGGACGGGUGGCAGUGAACCACCGCAGAAAUACUCCAGCGAUGAAGUGCAGAAAAAGUACGAAAAAUGCAAAGAUCAGUACGAGAAGCUACGUUCGGACAUAGUGGUAAAAAUGCAAUUUCUCGAGGAAAAUAGGAUCAAAGUUAUGCACAAACAGUUGCUGCUCUUCCACAACGCUAUAGCCGCAUAUUUCGCUGGCAAUGCUAACGGUCUAGAGAAGACGUUACAACAGUUCAAUAUCAGCUUGAAGAGCCCAAACUCCGUCACCAGUUCGUGGCUGGAGCAAUAG